ACAUUUUUGUAUUUCGAAAAAUGAUCUAGUAAGGUUUGUUAAAACCAUACUUAGCGACUUGAAUCUCGUCUUCGUAACACAUAUUUACAAUUUAUUUUCAAAUAAAUUUACCAACUUAGAAUAGAUGGCGGACGCAGAGGACGACGUUUCGCAAAAAGACGGCGAGGAAAUCGUACAAAUAAUUUCGAGUCCAGAAUUUUCGGAGGUCAAAACAGAUACUGAAUCAAUAUCUGAUGAUCACCACAACAAUGAAGAAAGCGUCAACGUUGAUAGAACAGCCCUGGAGUCCAUAUUAAACGUCAGCUCUCGUUUACAAAAUUUGGUGCAUCGAAACAAGAUGUCUAUGAGUUUAAUGAAUUUUCAUCAUCAUUCUUACAAAGACAAGCAAGCUGUAGCAAAAGAAGCGCGUAGCCAGCGAAUUGGUGCUAUUACGCCAGCUCAGAGAUUCAUACUUGAUACUGCAGCAAUUGUAUUGAAUAAGCCACUUGAUUAUGUACUGGAGGGUGUUUAUGACGCAGAUACUAAUGUAAAUCAGUUACACUUGGCAGUCGACGAGGGCGGUGUAUAUUGUAUUGUACUAUGUGAUGCGUUGCUGCCUGCUUUUCCAAUAGAAUCUGGUAGAUUUUAUCCCAAUCAGAAAGGUUGCAUAGAAAGGACAUACAUAUCUGAUUUAUCUAAAAUUGGUAUUCAAGGCAAGUGCGUGGCAAUAUACAGAUUGACAAGCCACGCUAUCGAUGCUCGGAACGUGGCAGAUCAAUACUUUUACAUGUUACUUGAUAUAAAUCAAGAGACGGAGAAUGUUGUUUCAAGUAUAUACAAGAUCAUGAAGCGUGCUUACAUCCCUGCUCUGAAGGCUUGUCAAGGUUGGGGACGUCUUAACCCUCCGAAUCCUAAAAGCGAAGAGAGCAUCAAGUCUUACAUUUCAAAGAUAAUGAUGUUCGUCAAAUAUCUUGAACAAACUAAAAUAGAUCUGGAUUGCUGCACAAGAUUCAGAACAAACUAUUCAUUAUAUGAGACACAGUUGUCUAGUUAUGAUAAAAUGAGAUCAGCGGUGACUAAACCACAUGUUUUGGAAGAAAUCUGUGCUUAUGUGAAGCAAUGGAUGCGGCAAAUAACAAUGGUGUUAGUGCAAAGCCAGCAGUUGCGCCGUGAGUCGUCAAACAUUGGUCCUCUAGCUGAGCUGGAUCACUGGCGCCGUCAGCUCACAACUUUCACGUCAAUAAUCGAGCAUAUCAAAAGUGAGCCGGCUAUGAUGUACAUACACACGUUAAUUAUAGCCAAAUCCAAAUUGCUUAAGAAAUGGAGACAAUUAGAUAAUAGCGUAACCGAUUAUUACAAUGAAGCUUUAGAUAACGUGAGGUAUUUGUACGCCUUAGAGAAAUUUUGUGAACCUCUCUACAGGUGUGAUCCUUAUACAAUGCAAGAUUUCAUCCCAUCAUUGAUAUACAAUAUUCGUAUGAUGUACGCAACCUCCCGAUAUUAUAACACCACUGAACAAAUAUCUACGUUGCUUGUCAAAGUUACCAAUCAAAUUCUUAACAUGUGUAUGAAUUUUCUUACACGGAAUGGUAAAAAGACAAUUUGGAACCAAGAUAAACACAAUUUCAUGGAUAAAGCUAAAUACUGUUUAAGUCUAUAUCAGUUUUACCGUGAUUGUUACGAUGAGCAUCAAAAGGAAAUGUUAGAGGCAGCAUCCGAAAGACCAUUUGAUUGUUCGGAAAUGCACAUAUUUGGCAAGUUUGAGACUUUUAAGAAGAGACUAGUGAAGAUUAACGACCUUUUUGAAACAUACAUCAAGUAUUAUGUCCUGAAUAAAUCAACGUUGGAGGGCAUUGAGGAACACGCUGCCACUUUCAAUAAGCUGUUUAAAACUAUCUCGACCAAAACUUACGAUGCCUUGGAUCACAGGCGACCAGAUUUCGAUAAAGACUACAAAAUAUAUAUGGAGGCAGUGGCUAACCAAGAGAUGCUACUAGAGAACUUUGUGAUUUCGAGUAUUAAGAAGUGUCCAUCAACAGAAAUAGCAUUAAGUCUUCUCAAACGAUUUGAGAAGUUACAGUUGGGCUGCCUUUAUUUAGACGACCGAUAUUAUGAUCUCAUUAAGAUGUACACGCAAGAGAUUGAGAUGAUCAGAGAUAGGUACAACGAAGAAAGAGACCAGCCAGAGUUACCAAGGAACAUGCCCCCAGUGGCUGGCCGACUCAUGUGGACAAGGUUUUAUCACAACAUUAUUAAAGAACCGAUGAAGAUAUUCAAGCAACACCUUGAUGUUAUCACACAUGCGAAUACACAACGAUGCGUAAAGUUGCACAACGUAAUGGCCAUAGUGUUCACAGAAUAUGAACUGAUCUAUCAUUAUGCUUGGAGGGAGAACGUGAAUCAGGUGCGAUUAGGAUUGAUUGCUCCCAUUUUAAUGCGGCAUCCUAAGACUAAUAUGUACAUCGUCAACUUUAGUAUGUAUAUUCCCGAGUGUAUAAGAGAGGUUGAAUACAUGUGGCAGCUUGGACUUCGAGUCCCCGAUAGCGCGCAGAUAGUCGCAUUUUGCAAAAGCAAGAUCCUAGGAAACUUUGAAAAAAUGACGCAUUUGGUAGAAAGAAACAAUCAAAUUAGAAGGAGCAUGCCAAAAUUAUAUUUACCGCUACUACGAGCUCAGUUGAUAAAGUUAGAGAAAGCAUUCCAACCUGGUUUGUCGACGAUAACGUGGACAUCUCUGAAGAUAGAAGACUAUUGUGAGAGCAUUGAGACAGUUCUAGACGAAGUUGAUUUGUUUGUCAAGGAGGUGGUAGACAUAAAAGAAGCACGCAUUGAUGCUAUUCUGCUAUCAAUAACCCAAACAAUGCUCGUUUAUUUGCCUGAAACUGCCGUCGAUCCUAACACUCUGUAUUUAGAGAAUCUUUUAAGGCGCGAUGACAUCACGACUGACAUACAACUAAAAUCAUGGAAUGCUGAAAUUGCUGUCAUCGAACUUAUUCAUAAGUUUUUGGACAGUGUACCUUGUAAGGAGAUACAGAAUCUAAAAGAUGACUGGUUGGAUUUUGAUAAAGUCUUAAAGCAAGUUACAUCGGCAACAAGAGUGUUUCCUGAUGAUGCAGCAUUCUUAGAGAUAGAGAACAUUGACGAAUAUGAUGUAACCCAUACUGUAAACGAAUGUAACGAAUUGUUCGCAUACUUUGCUACCAAGUGUUUGGAAGCACUUAUUAAAUGCACGAGACACAGUCUGGAUAUGCUCAGACGGCGAGCUUCGGUUUCUAGCUUUUUAACCAUGACUACGGAUCCAGUGGAAAUAAAUAAACUGAGACCUCUGAUGUUGACUCAUAUGCAGCUGAAAAUUCCAAGAAUACUAAUCGACCCUACCUUAGAACAAAUACAAUCCUCGUUUUCUCAGGUAGUAUUAAAUUGCAUAAUGGACAUUCACCGGAAUGUGUUCAUGUGGGGACAACAAGAACAGAUAAAGAAGGAAGAACUAGCAGGGACAUUGACGCAAGCGGGCAACUCCCGGUCUGUGUCCAACCUCGGCGGAGUGCGAAACUAUUUCCGAAUGGUAUCGGAGCACAAAGACAUCGUCAGGUCGGUGAUGGCGUUGCAAGGAAUGAUGUAUAUGUACAAAUUGGAUAUAGAAAAACGGCUAAAGGAAUACGAAAAAUUUUCGCAUUUAUGGGUUGAAGACCGGGUACAGCAACUUCAAGCGUUUGUUGACAUGAAUCCACUGAAUGUGCAAAUCAAGGAUAUGUUUUGUAAGUUCGAUGAGCAGACUGAAGAAGUGGUGAAUUUGCCUGAACGGCAUGUUAUUGGAUCAAUUCAAAUUAAUAUGGAACGUAUAAAACUCGCAUUACAUUUGGAAUCUAUUGAGUGGAAGAGAAUUUUGGGUAAAUUAUUAGGUAAUGCGUACAAAGACCGAGUAGAGAAACUGAUGCAAUUUAUCCACGAUCGUAUGAAAACUAUGAACAAGAAGAUUAAGGACUUAGAUGACGUCAGAGUGGCUAUGAUGUGCCUUGAGCUAAUAAGAGAAGAAUUUAUUAAUAUGGAUAUGGCAUUAGAUGUUAUAGAAGAAAGUUACGCUAUAUUUGCGCAGUACCAGAUCCAGAUACCUAAAGAAGACGCUGAUAUGGUUUACGGUUUAAGGCAUUCCUUUCUCAAUAUGUUGGCAACUGCACAACAAGUGCAACAGAAGAUAGUGGACAUGCAAAAGCCGCUUUUGACCGAGUUGACGGAAGGAGUGGCGAGUUUUGCAAAUGAUGUCCUCAAGUUUGACACUGACUAUGAUGCCAUGGGACCGAUGGUACCUGGACUGCCUGCUCGGGAAGCUAGCGACAGGGUUAUCCUAUUCCAAUCACGAUUUGAUGACUUAUGGCGAAGAUUUGAAAUGUACUCUAGCGGUGAAAAGUUAUUUGGUAUGGAAGUGAAAGACUAUCCGAUAUUACAUGAAAAGAAAAAAGAAUUUAAUUUACUGAACAAGUUGUACAGCUUAUAUUUAGCUGUAACUCAUUCUAUUGAUGGUUAUUAUGAAACUCCAUGGGUGGACAUCGAUAUUGAACAAAUUGUUGCUCAGUUGGCAGAAUUUGAUGUAAGAUGUCGAAGAUUACCAAGAGGUAUGAAAGACUGGCCAGCGUAUAUAGUAUUGAAGAAUAAAAUCGACGAUUUUAACCAAACAUGUCCACUGUUGGAGUUGAUGGCAGACAAAUCCAUGAAGGAAAGACAUUGGAAGAGAUUGGAAAAACUACUCGACUGUGUGUUGGAUGUGGAGUCUCCGUCAUUUACUCUGGCAAACGUAAUGGAGGCGCCUCUUUUGAAGAAUAAAGAGGAUGUUGAAGAUAUUUGCAUAAGUGCCGUAAAAGAAAAGGAUAUCGAGGCUAAACUGAAACAGAUAAGUGUAGACUGGGCAGUUAUUGAUCUAUCGUUUGCUAACUUUAAGAACAGAGGUGAACUAUUGAUUAAACCACAAGAGACGUUUGAUAACAUCACAAUGCUUGAGGAUUCGUUAAUGAUUCUCAAUUCAUUAGCUUCUAACAGAUACAAUCCGCCAUUUAAGAAAGAUAUUUUAAUGUGGAUCAACAAACUCGUGAACACUAGUGAGAUCUUAGAGAAGUGGCUGCAAGUUCAAAAUUUGUGGAUGUAUUUAGAAGCUGUGUUCGUUGGAGGAGAUAUUGCGAAACAACUGCCAGCGGAAGCUAAACGAUUCACAAAUAUCGACAAGACCUAUGUGAAAAUAAUGUACCGCGCGCGAGACAUAGUGAACUGCGUGGAGACGUGCACCUCGGACGACACGCUGAAGCAGCUGCUGCCGCACCUGUACGAGCAGCUGGAGGCUUGCCAGAAGUCGCUCACGGGCUACCUGGAGACCAAGAGACUCAUUUUCCCCAGAUUCUUCUUCGUAUCAGAUCCAGUGCUGCUUGAAAUUCUUGGACAGGCUUCGGAUCCUGUUUCCAUACAGCCACAUCUGCCAAGUAUUUUCGAUGCCAUUUACACGGUCGACUUCGAUGAUAAAGAGAAUAUUAUAAACAUCAAUUCGGAUAACGGAGAAUCUAUUCCUCUUGAGAGGCCAGUGGCUUGUUUGGGAGGUGUAGAGAAUUGGUUAAAUACUCUUUUAGACAUGAUGAAGGAAACUGUCAGAAAUGUGAUUGCUAACAUUGCGCAAACGAUGGCUGGAGACCCGGAAUUCGAAUUUUUAAGCGGAUUUUGGAACUUCCCUGGCCAGGCUGGUUUGUUGGGAAUGCAAAUCCUGUGGACAAGUGACGCAGAGUACGCUUUAAAGAAAUCUAGGGUAGAUCGAUUUGUUAUGCGUUUCACUAACCAAAAAUUCUUAGAUCUUCUUAAUGGACUUAUUGAUCAGACGGUGAAGGACCUGGCUCCUUUAGAUAGAACACAAAUUGAAACUAUGAUCACCAUCCACGUACAUCAGAGGGACAUUUUUGAUGACCUUGUACGAAUGAGAAUAAAAUCGCCGGUCGACUUUGAAUGGCAGAAGCAGGCACGGUUUUACUAUCACGAGGAAUCCGACGAUGUCAUUGUUUCAAUUACUGAUGUCAAUUUCUUGUAUCAGAAUGAGUAUCUGGGCAUAACUGAGAGACUUGUGAUUACACCGCUGACAGAUCGGUGUUACAUCACGCUCUCACAGGCCAUAGGUAUGAGCAUGGGAGGAGCACCCGCUGGGCCCGCUGGCACCGGUAAGACCGAAACCACCAAAGACAUGGGCCGCACCCUGGGCAAGCUUGUCAUCGUCUUCAACUGUUCCGAUCAGAUGGACUUUCGAGGUUUGGGCCGUAUUUACAAAGGCCUGGCUCAAUCAGGCACAUGGGGCUGCUUCGACGAGUUCAAUCGUAUCGAGUUGCCUGUGUUGUCCGUGGCUGCGCAGCAGAUAUAUAUUUGUCUAACAGCGAGGAGAGAAAAACAAGACUUCUUCAUUUUCAGUGAUGGUGACACAGUGAGUUUGAAUCCCGAGUUCGCUUUCAUCAUUACCAUGAAUCCGGGUUACGCUGGACGUCAAGAGCUGCCGGAAAACUUGAAGAUUCAGUUUCGCUCAGUUGCAAUGAUGGUUCCAGAUAGACAAAUUAUUAUCAGAGUCAAGUUAGCCAGCUGUGGUUUUAAGGAAAACAUUGUCUUAGCUCGUAAGUUCUUUACAUUGUACAAAUUGUGCGAGGAGCAGUUGUCGAAGCAGGUGCACUACGACUUCGGGUUGCGGAACAUUCUAUCCGUGUUGCGAACUAUGGGCGCGCAGAAACGAGCGAAUCCUGAUAGCACAGAAGAGAACAUCAUGAUGAGAGUGUUGAAGGAAAUGAACGUGUCUAAAUUAGUUGACGAAGAUGAACCUUUAUUUAUAUCAUUGAUCGAAGAUUUGUUCCCUGGUAUGAAAUUCACCCAAACAGUACAAAGGGUCAUCCAAAAUGCUAUAAGUGUGGUAACUCAAGGCAACGGACUUGUAAAUCAUCCGGACUGGAACUUGAAAAUAAUUCAGUUGUAUGAAACGUCGCUAGUGCGACACGGCCUGAUGACGAUGGGCCCGACCGGCUCGGGCAAGACUACUUGCAUACACACACUUAUGGCGGCUCUUACUGAAGUUGGCAAACCGCACAGGGAAAUGAGAAUGAAUCCAAAGGCAAUCACAGCACCUCAAAUGUUUGGACGUUUAGACGUGGCCACAAAUGACUGGACUGAUGGGAUAUUCUCUAUCCUGUGGCGAAGAGCUCUGAAGGUGAAGAAAACUGACACAACGUGGAUUGUAUUAGAUGGUCCGGUGGACGCCGUGUGGAUUGAGAAUUUGAAUUCCGUGCUUGAUGACAACAAGACUCUGACUUUAGCCAACGGGGACCGCAUUACUAUGGCCCAGAACAGCAAGCUGGUGUUUGAACCAGACAACGUGGACAACGCAUCGCCUGCUACCGUCAGUCGGAUGGGCAUGGUGUUCUUGUCUUCUUCGGUGCUUAAAUGGAAACCUAUUGUAGAGUGCUGGCUGAAGACACUGGAACCACGACAAGCUGAUGUUCUACGUAAAGCCUUUUAUAAAAUAUAUGAUGAAGUUCAUGAUUUCGUACAAACUAAACUUACUGUAAAAAUGAAACUUCUGGAAGCCAUUUACAUCAGACAAUGCAUUGACGUUCUGUCUGGAUUGUUGCUCGUUGAAAUACCCGGUGGCAAGAGUCACACGGAUCGCCAUCUUGAACGCUUGUUCCUAUUCGCGAUGAUGUGGUCACUGGGUGCUGUACUGGAACUGGAUAUGCGAACACGUAUGGCAGAAUUCAUGACUAAGCUGCCCGUGAAAAUGGAUUGGCCUGGCGCUAAAUCCAAAGAAUGGAUCAUGCCUUUCGACUACAUGGUUAAUGCUAGCGGUGGUUGGGAGCAUUGGUCUGAGAGUGUGGAGAACUAUAUUUAUCCACCUGAUAGUAUACCGGAAUACGCUUCAAUCUUGGUACCGAACGUAGACAAUGUGUGCAUUACGUUUUUAAUUGAUACUAUUGCCACUCAGAACAAAGCAGUGUUAUUGAUUGGCGAAGAAGGCACCGCCAAAACGGUUAUGUUGAAGGGUUACAUGUCUAAAUAUGAUAACGAGGUGAAAUUAUUUAAGGUGGUAAACUUUUCGUACGCUACUACACCAAAUAUGUAUCAAAGAAUAAUUGAAUCGUACGUGGAGAAGAGAGUGGGUAUGACAUACGGGCCCCCGGGUGGUCGAGCUAUGACGGUGUUCAUAGACGACAUAAACAUGCCUGUCGUUAAUGAGUGGGGUGAUCAGGUGACAAAUGAAAUCGUUCGACAAAUGAUGGAAUGUGGUGGAUUUUACUCACUAGACAAACCUGGAGAUUUCACAGUCAUUGCUGAUAUCCAGAUAUUUGGUGCUAUGAUGCAACCUGGUGGAGGGCGAAAUGACAUUCCCCCGCGACUUAAGAGACAGUUCAAUAUAUUCAAUUGCACGCUACCAAGUAAUGUUUCCAUGGACAAGAUUUUCGAAACAAUAAGUUCUGGAUAUUUCUGCAAAUCACGUUUUGACAAAUUAAUUGUGGCAUUCAUGCCGAAACUAGUGCCGGUUACUCGAAUUAUUUGGCAACAAACUAAAGUAAAAAUGUUGCCAACUCCUGCGAAAUUCCACUACGUAUUCAAUUUGAGAGAUUUGUCUCGUAUCUGGGAAGGAAUACUAACUAUAAAGAGAGAAGAGCUUCAAACAAUUAAUAUGGCUCUGAAACUAUGGUUCCAUGAAUGUUUGAGGGUUAUUUCUGACAGAUUCACUACGUUUAAAGAUAAACAGUGGUUUGUAUCAAAUUUUUGGACAACAGCAACUCAAGAGCUAAGCGACUAUGUCAGUGAGUUCCCUAGUGAAGAAACAUAUUUUGUUAACUUCCUACGUGAACCUAUAGACCCGACCGGCGACGAGGAUGAAGACGUCAGUCUUGACGCACCGAAAAUUUAUGAGGAACUACCUUCUUGGGAAUUCGUUCUCAACAAGCUCGUUGGCUUCCAAGACCUGUUCAACGAACAGAUCAGAGGAGCACACCUGGACUUGGUGUUCUUCCACGAUGCGAUGGUUCAUCUCUUCAUCAUAUCGCGCAUCAUUAACACUCCACGAGGUAAUGCGAUGCUUGUGGGUGUCGGUGGUUCCGGAAAACAAAGUUUGACAAAACUGGCAUCGUUUAUAGCCAACUACGCGUUCUACCAGAUUACUUUGUCGAGAUCGUACAAUGUAAACAACUUCAUGGACGAUAUAAAAGUGUUGUACCGCGUCGCCGGCCUGCAGGGGCGCGGCAUCUCCUUCAUAUUUACCGACAACGACAUCAAAGAUGAGCAAUUCUUGGAGUUCCUCAAUAACAUCCUGAGUUCGGGAGAAAUUGCGAAUCUCUUCCCUAAGGAAGAAAUGGAUGAGAUAUUGAACGAGUUGCAACCGAUAAUGAAGAAAUUGGAUCCUCGAAGAAUUCCAGUUCCAGAUGUGCUGUACGAGUACUUCAUCAUGCGGUCUAGAGCGAAUUUACAUGUCGUCCUAUGUUUUUCUCCGGUUGGUGAAAAGUUUAGAAGCAGAGCUUUGAAAUUCCCUGGCCUGAAAUCAGGGUCUACAAUGGACUGGUUCCAGAAAUGGCCUAAAGAAGCUUUAAUAGAAGUUGCUCAUCACUUUUUGUGGGAGUUUGAGGUGGUUUGUUCUGAGGCUACAAAACAUGAGUUGAUAGAAAUAAUGGGCGUGGUCCAGGAUAACGUUGCUGAUACUUGCGCUAUUUACCACGAACGAUUUAGGAGACAAGCGCACGUUACUCCCAAAUCUUACCUAUCUUUUUUGGAAGGCUACAAAUCUUUGUAUAAGUCUAAACACAUAUACAUCGCAGAAAUGGCGAAAAAAAUGACAACUGGACUUUCCAAAUUAGUGGAGGCAGCAGCCAGUGUCGAUAUUUUGAAGAAAGAGUUGGAAGUAAAAGAAAUUGAAAUUAAUGAAGCUACAGAGAGAGCAGAAGAGGUGCUGGCGGCCGUCGCAGACACUCAGGCAGCCGCUGAGGUUGUCAAGGCUGAGGUGCUGGAGGUGAAGGAUCGCGCCGUCAAGCUCGUCACGGUGAUCGCAGCAGAAACCGCCGUCGCUGAAGAAAAGCUGGCGGAUGCAAAGCCAGCGCUUGACGCUGCUGAGGCUGCACUACUGACCAUCAAUUCUGCUGACAUCGCAACUGUUAGGAAGCUGGGCAAGCCUCCUCAUCUCAUCACCCUUAUUAUGGAUGCAGUUAUUAUCUUGUUUAGAAAGCGUAUUGAUCCUAUAAAACCAGAUCCUGAGAAACAGUUUUUAACAUCUUCGUGGAGUGAAUCUUUAAAGGUAAUGGCUGAUGUAAGGUUCCUAAACAAUUUGAAGAAUUAUCCGAAAGAUGAAAUAAAUGCUGAAAUGAUUGAUCUGUUACAACCUUAUUUUAAGUACAGUCAAUAUACUUUUGAUGCUGCAAAGAUAGCUUGUGGUAACGUAGCUGGUCUAAUAUCGUGGACAAUCGCUAUGGCGCAAUUUUAUGCUGUUAAUAAGGACGUAUUGCCACUAAAAGCCAACUUAGCCAUAAUGCAAGGCAAAUAUCAGGCAGCUAAAAAAGAACUGGAAGAGGCAGAAGCUGAACUAGAGGAAAAAGAGAGUGAGUUGGCGGAGGUACAGCGUCAGUUCGACGAGGCUAUGGCACUGAAGCAGGUGGUACUGGAUGAAGCCGCUCUAUGCCAACAGAAGAUGGAUGCUGCUUCUGCCCUUAUUAACGGUCUUAGCGGAGAACGCAUCCGAUGGACAGAACAAUCUGCGCUCUUUAAGUCUGAAAUUGAGCGUUUGGUCGGUGAUAUCCUACUACUCAUCGGAUUCUUGUCAUAUUCCGGACCCUUCAAUCAAGAAUUUCGUAAUUUGCUGAUAAGCAAUUGGCUUGGUGAUUUGAUCAAUAGAAAAAUACCUGUGACCAUGAAUUUAAAUAUAACAAGUGAACUUACAGAUAAUGCUACAAUUGGUGAAUGGAACUUAUGCGGAUUACCAACAGACGAACUGUCGAUACAGAACGGUAUUAUUGUAACAAAAGCUGCUCGUUUUCCAUUACUAAUUGAUCCGCAAACACAAGGAAAGAAUUGGAUUAAAAACAUGGAGAAAUUUAACCAAUUAAUUGUCACUACUUUAAACCACAAAUAUUUCAGAAAUCAUGUAGAAGACUGCGUAUCUUUGGGUCUACCAAUGUUGAUAGAAGAUGUUGCUGAAGAGUUAGAUCCAGUUCUGGAUAAUAUACUUGAAAGAAAUUAUAUCAAGAUAGGAUCAUCUUAUAAGGUCAAAUUCGGUGACAAAGAAAUAGAUGUGAUGCUAAGUCAUAAGAUAUAUAUUACAACAAAGCUACCAAAUCCUGCGUAUACACCCGAAGUUUCAGCACGGACGUCAAUCAUAGAUUUUACUGUAACCAUACAAGGUCUAGAAGAUCAGCUAUUAGGUCGUGUGAUCUUAACAGAAAAGGCAGAAUUGGAAGCAGAACGAACUCAACUUAUAAUGGACGUGACGGCCAACCGACGUAAGAUGCAGGAACUGGAGAGUAACUUACUGCAAAAGUUGACCACAAUCGAGGGCUCACUUGUUGAAGAUGUAUCACUUAUCCAAGUACUGAAUGUCACCAAAGCAACUGCUACAGAGGUAAAAGAAAAAUUGGAUAUUGCCAAAGAGACAGAGAUGAAGAUAAACGCGGCUCGCGAGGAGUACCGGCCGGUGGCCACACGUGGCUCUGUCCUGUAUUUCCUCAUUUGCAACAUGUCUCUCGUGUGCAACAUGUACCAGACCUCACUGGCGCAGUUUCUGGAGCUGUUCGAUCUAUCCAUGGAGCGUUCGCCACAGAGCCCCAUUACGAUACGCAGAAUCGGUUUUAUAAUUGACUAUUUGACAUACAACGUGUUUAAAUUCAUCUCCCGAGGUUUCUACGAGAAGCAUAAAUAUUUAUUUACUGUACUAUUGACAUUGAAGAUAGACUUGCAGAGGGAAUAUAUUAUAUUUGAAGAGUUUCAAACUUUCAUUAAAGGUGGCGCUGCGUUAGAUCUUAAUACUUGUCCCCCUAAACCAUAUAAAUGGAUAACCGACAUGUCAUGGCUGAAUUUAGUUCAGCUAUCCAAUCUGCGUCAGUUUACAGAGAUACUCAGCCAAGUUUGUAAUAAUGAGAGAGGAUGGAAGGCUUGGUUUGAUAAGGAAGCGCCAGAAGACGAGCCUUUGCCUGAUGGCUAUAAUACUCUAGACGUGUUCAGAAAGUUGCUGGUGGUGCGCGCCUGGUGUCCUGACAGGACACUCGCACAAAGUUUGAAGUAUGUUGUGAGCUCUAUGGGAGCCCGGUACUCUGAAGCAGUCAUAGUCAAUUAUGAGAAUAUGGUAUUAGAAUCUCGUCCACUGGUUCCCCUGAUUGGAUUUUUGGCCAUGGGCUCGGAUCCAACACCUUCUAUUGAGAUAACUGCUAAGCGCAUGGAGAAUAUUUGUGCAUCCAUAUCAAUGGGCCAAGGUCAAGAGAUUCAUGCAAGAAAACUAAUAGACCGUGGAAUGAAAGAGGGUUUGUGGGUAUUGCUGCAAAACUGUCACUUAGGGUUAGAUUAUAUGACAGAAAUCAUGGAACAAUUUAGUGAACUCGAGAAAAACCCUGAAAAGGUUCAUGAAACUUUUAGACUUUGGAUAACCACGGAGGUGCACCCAAUGUUUCCUAUUACUCUUCUGCAAAUGUCCAUUAAAUAUACGUGUGAACCACCUUCAGGUAUAAAAGCAGGUCUCAUGAGGACCUAUGAUGCGAUGAGUCAGGACUUCCUUGACUACAGCGACAGUCCCUUCUAUUUGCCUUUGAUCUACACCAUCUCAUUCUUACACACGGUGGUGCAAGAGAGACGGAAGUUCGGUCCUCUCGGGUGGAAUAUUCCCUACGAGUUUAAUUCUGCUGACUGGUUGUCCUCUUGUAUGUUUGUGCAAAACCAUUUGGAUUCACUAGAGCAGGGGCAACCUGUUAGCUGGACAACUGUGCGUUAUAUGGUAUCAGCGGUCCAAUACGGCGGGAGAGUGACUGAUGACUACGAUACGCGACUACUGGUAACCUUCUGUAAGGUUUUGUUCUCAGAUCAACUUUUUAACGAUGACUUUCAAUUCUACAAAGGAUAUGGCAUGCUUAAAUUUAAAAAUAUAUCCGAGUACCUUGAGGUUCUUGAGACAAUGAAAACUGUGGAUCCCCCUCAAGUGUACGGCCUGCACACCAACGCAGACAUCACGUACCAGCGUAACACUACUCUGGAACUUGUAGAUACAAUAUUAUCCAUACAACCGAAGGAAGCAAGUGGAGAAGCUGGAGAAACACGCGAGGCCUCGGUAUACAGACAGGCUAAAGAAAUGCUAGACAAAAUCCCACCUAACUUUGAUCCACAUGAAGUAAUAAUCAGGUUAAGAAUGUAUGGGAUACUUAAUUCAAUGGUGAUAUUUUUGAGGCAAGAAAUUGAUAGGAUGCAGAAAGUUAUCAACCUAGUAAGAACGACACUAAAGGACCUGUUGCUCGCUAUUGAUGGAACUAUAAUAAUGAAUGAGGCACUUCGAGAUUCAUUAGACAAUAUUUAUGACGCAAAAGUACCAAAUAUUUGGUUGAAAAGUUCAUGGUCGUCGUCAACAUUAGGCUUUUGGUUUACUGAAUUUUUGGAGAGAACGAUACAAUUUUCAAAUUGGUGCUUUCAAAAUAGACCAAAUUCUUUCUGGAUGACUGGUUUCUUCAACCCUCAAGGAUUUUUGACCGCCAUGCGUCAGGAAGUAACUCGAGCCCACAAAGGCUGGGCUCUUGACAUGGUCACCUUACACAAUGAUGUUACUAAAUUUACUUAUGAAGAAGUAAAGGCUCCACCUCCGGAAGGAAUAUAUGUCCACGGCAUGUACUUAGAUGGCGCAGGUUGGGACCGCCGUAACAUGCGUUUGUGUGAAUCCACUCUAAAGAUAGUGUACACUGCUUUGCCCGUAGUACACGUAUAUGCGAUUAAUUCCACAGCGCCAAAGGACCCGAAACUUUAUCAGUGUCCGGUGUAUAAGAAGCCAGUGCGUACUGAUUUGACUUUCAUAACGCCGCUUUGGCUGCCCACUAUUAAAAACCCGGACCACUGGAUACUAAGAGGAGUUGCUAUGUUGUGUGAUAUCAAGUGAUUUGUUAUAAAAUUGGCAUGGUGC